AUGAGUGUUGUCGUCACUAGAACAGAGACCCCUGCGGUAUCUCAGAAUUCAAUCCCUGAAAAUCAUGUCGACUUUUCCGUCCAUUCAAAUGCCUCCCGAACCUCCUCGAUAUCAUCUUACAGAACCAAUUAUAGCGCCUCAACCGCGCCCACCACAUACUCUCCAUCUUCCCCAUCCUCAUCUUACCGACAAUCGGACUCAGUCAAUUCUUUCACCAAAUUAUCCGAACCCAUUCAACGCCGAGUACCCCACGAGGUCUACGAAGUGAUCAUCCGCCAUCUAGAGGAGUUACACAAAGGGCAGCAUCAAACAGGAUGUACCACGUGUUUUCAACGCGACUUACACGCCUUAUCCUUGACCUGUCGGUCUUGGGAAAAGGCGGUUAGAGGUCCUCUAUACCACAGUAUACACAUUGUCGGAAAUGAUUCCCCGGCCCAACUCAAGAAAUAUCGUCUGAAGAGAGGGAGUCGCCUGAAGCUUCUGAGACGAACCCUCCGUGAACGAAAGUUGCUGGCUAAUCUUGUAUACGAACUACGGGUGCCCCAAUUAGAUUUGCUCUUUACCACGACGAAGCAAGGUACGCAAUGGCAGGAGUACCGAGACCUGGUAGCGUCUGUCGUUAUGGUGUGCCCAAACUUGGAGCGCCUGUUAGGCCUGUCUAUCCCAUAUCACCAUGAAUUCGAUCGUCUGACCCAUGCGUUGUCGACCCGCAAAAAGCUCAAAGAGCACACGUGGGUUUUGGGCGAGGCUGCACAAGCAUCGGAGCUGUCACCACGCGACGACUCCUGUCCUGGGAGCCUUGGUCCCUCCCAGAUGUUUGAGUUUCUGAAUUACCACACCUCGUGGACAAGUCUGGAGACACUAAUGCUUUACGGGUUGAACGGAAAUGGCGCAUUGGAGCCUAGCAUCUCCCUGCGCAUAUUCAAUCUUCUUCCCUCAUUGCGCAAUCUUUGCAUAACCUCCUUCAACAAAGACUCCUUCGACAAUAGCACAUUGAUGUGUCUGCCACCAUUGGAGUCGCUAAGGUUGGAGAAUCUGCCCGGGGUUACAGAUGCUGGUCUCUCGCAGUAUACGACACGACCUGAAUCACUCUCCCUCAAAACACUCGUCUUGAUCGAGCAGAACAUCGAGUCACUUCUAGUCAUUUCUAAAAUUCUCGCGUCACUGCGACAACUUGAAAGGUUCAAGGUAGUCCAGACCGAAAAGUGCCCAACUUUGCCAGAUGAACAUAUGAUUUUCCAGCCUAUCCUAGCUUCAUCGACCCUGAAAUAUCUUCACUGGGAUGUGGCAUGCCCAGACCCAGACACAGCCCUCACCCAGCUUGACACACUCCCUUUCCAUAAAUCCACAAAAUUCUCUAAUACCCCCAACUCUCAUCUUGCUCAAAGCAUAAUCUCCGGGGGCUUUCCUCAAUUGGAAGCUCUUCGCGCACCCUCCGACGUGGAGCCCCCAGGAGCGCUCCAAGCUGUCUGCCGGCCUAUAUUGAAGGGUCAAGCCUUACUCCGACCAGACCGGUACAGCUUGCCCCGCAGCUCUCACGGUUCUGUGAAUACUCGACCGCUCGCUCUGCCGGCGGGGAAUAAUCUGACGUCAGCUCGAAUCCGUGCGCAGACAUUCAUCGACAUGGCCGCCAAGGACACCGAGGCCGGCAUGCAGGUUCUGAUCCAGGAUUACUCGGAUGCGUUUGUGCCGGACAACGCUCAGAAUUCGCAAUUCGAGGAUGAGCCCGACCAGGAAAUGGACGAUUACGGGAUUUGGGCUGCCUAUGAGCGCUUCAGACAUGAGGACAAUGACCACAGCGGCCCCAAAACGAUCUACGAGUUUCGUAUGCCAACCUUGAUGGGCCGUAGUGGCUUCAGGGAUCCGGCAACUGGUGCAUCGAUUCCUCACUUCGUUCUCCGUCCUGAUAUCACCGGCCAGGAGUUAGACGGUGGCUUGAUUGGGUGGAAGCAAGUGCUAGCUUCGAACCAGUCACUGUCAUAUGCUGCCGGAGUAGGUGUCAACUGCUUUGGCAGCGGAAACCAUUCCAUCCCACCUCCAGAAGAGCCCAUGUCGCCCGCAUCCACCAUUUCUAGAUUUGGCUGGGGAAGUCUGAGUGGACGAUCUGUAAUGGGUACAUCUCCAACGACACCAAUCACGCCUCUGAGCAGUGUAAUGGGCUCGGCCUUGCCUUGGGACAAGGAUACCUGUACUGGGACCUGGAAUCACAAGAUGGGCCGGGACUGGUGGUUCCAUAUGGAGCGCGAUCGUCCGUCCAACUCUGAGCUCGUCGACGUGAAACAACUUUUCUAA